CGGUAUUGUCGAAAUAACUAUCCUAUGGACAAUCGCUGGACAAAUGGACGACAAGAUCAACGGACGGCCUAUAAUCCAAAUACUGUAACAACGAAUGUUGGCCCCGCCAGAGUCAAUCGAAACAAUCCAAGCCCAAGCCAAGAAACAAAUGAUAUUGGAACAAACAGCGCCAAUGCUCUUCUCGCCCAAAUUCAAGCUCUUACUACCACUCUUCAAGCUACUGCGGGGCCUCCGGCAGACAUGAUGGAAGCCACAAAUCCGUCAUUGCUUGCGACUCACGAAUAUCUAGUUGGAAGACGAAAAAGGGCCCGGUUAGAUCAGUCCGAUCAGGUGGAAGAAGAAACUGAUCAGGCCAUCGAGCAAAUAGCUGAGCCAAAUCCGGCCUCGGAGUUAAUGAAGAAAGGAAACGACCAACAUGAAAUUGCUUCGGAGUCGAUCUUAGGUUCCGAUGAUGAUAAGGACGGAAGUGAAACUCGAGACGAGAACGAAGUCGCGGAAGGCUCUAAAAGUGAUGCCCACGAAGGAGAUU